CUCUCACACUCCUCCACGGCAGAGUCACGAGCAAUAUUUGAAGCUGCACCUCCACCUCCUUGAAAGCCACUUCCCCCUUACGAUCUCACCAUGUCGGAAGUUACAAUUCAAGUCCGCACCGCCCCGCGUGACAGGCGCUUUCCUACGACGAACCAGACGAAGCAUUGCUGGGCGCGCUAUCUCGAAUUUCAUGCCUGCUCCAAGGUGAAGGGCGACGACGAUCCGGAAUGCGAGAAGUUCAAGCGCUGGUAUUUGUCCCUGUGCCCGGAGGAAUGGGUUGAGAACUGGGAUACCCUCAAGGAGGAAGGGCGCUUCCCAGGACCGGAAUAAGUGUUCCACACACAUGGGGGAAGGGAUGUGUUGCUUGAGGCAUGGAGGAAGGCUUAUAUUCAUAGUGUGGCUUUCCUGUCAAGCCGCAUAAUUGUUUAGUCUGCUCGUAGCGUUCCGUCUCCUUGUACUACUGAAGAACGAUGUGCGUUGGUACUGAGACACCGGAGAUGGAGUAAAGCUGCGACUCGACAUCUUCAAUCGUG